ACCACGAUGAAUUGAUGGUGGAGAAACCUUAUACACCCACUCUGAAAAAGAAGAAAACCAGUGCAGAAAACAAUUCCACCAGUUCCCCUCGAGUUGAUGUUUCAGCAUUCAUGGGACCAUUGCCAAAAAAUAAGAGCAUUUUCAAAGGAAUGAACUUCUUGAUAACACAUGGAGAUGUGGUGAAGAGAUCUGCCAAUUCCUCAUCUGAUGGAUCUACCUCGGAAGAUGAAUCACAGAUGAGGUUUAACCGUGACUACGCUUACAAGCAGAUUGUGGUGGGCGGUGGCAAUGUCCUCAAAAGUUACGACAGUUCACAG